AUGUCCUUUGUUGCUUCAGGGAAAUCUUCCCCUCCAAAUCCCAGUAACCAAGCCAUGAAGCGCCAAAGAGUUCCUGUGUCGUGUGCUGUUUGCCGGAAAAGAAAGAUCAAGUGUGAUCGAAAGAAGCCUCACUGUACCAGUUGUAUCAAAUCCGGAAUCCAAUAUUUGUGUCUUUAUGAGAAACCCGCUUGGAUUAAUGCCGGCGGCUCUUCUAUGGGCAUUAGUAAACCCACAGAACCCCCCGGCCAAGGUCCGAAACCAACAGAGAGUGCUUCCAAGAGAGUGGUGUUCAAGAAUAACCCAUCUCUGCCGGUGAGUUUGCCGCCGGUGAGAGGCGCUGAAUUUCCAGCCACGAUAGCAGCUAAUGGCUCAUCUCCUAGAUUUUUAACUCCUUCAAAUGUGCCGAUUUUACUUCCAAACCCUUUUGAAAGCUCCAGAAACGGUGCUACCGCUAGCCAGACAUCUAUUAAUGGUAGUAUUGACAAUCCUAGCCCACCAUGUCAAGAUCCGGUAUCCACCACCACAAGUUCCGAAGGCUCUAAUUUAGAAGCAACAAAAGAUAAUGAGAAAACUUAUCCGAAUGUCACUGCACCAAGCCCUACCAGUAUUCCUUCGGAAAAUACUGACUCAAAUAAUUCGUUGGUACACAAGGAAAUUGAAAUGUUGAAAGAUCGGAUCAAUAGAUUACAGGCGUCUGUGUACAUGACCCAACUAUCCAAACCGAAUGGAAAUAAUAACGAUAGACAAUCACCAAGCCCUUUCCUGAUUUCUCCGAGAAACGGGCUCGGCUCGUUGAAUAUAAGAAACCAGUCUCAAAUAUCUCCUGAUUUAAGGCUGUCAGCCACCCCAACUUUUGUUAGGAAUGAUAGUGUUCAACUUGAAAAUAAUCAAAGGCAUGAUGAUGAUGGCCUGAAAAUUAAAUCAUCAGCUAAUGGUAAUGAGCAAAAUAGUUAUAAUAAUGAUCUCAAGACUACUAAUAUUGAUCUUGAUAAUAUGGAGAUGGACUCGCCAAGCUUUUUAACAGGUUUUGGCCUAACUGGCCAAGGAAAUAAGCGAAGUGCAAAUGUUAAUAGUAACUCAAGUAAUGUCACGAGUAUAGCAACAUCGAAGCAAGCCUCCAGCAACGGAGGAAAAUCCUCGGAAUAUAAUAUGUCAGAGAGUGCCUUUUUUGAUAACUUCAUGAAAUCCAUCCAAAAGAGUGAUUUCCUUAAUUAUAUCAACCUCAAUAUGGAUAUAAAUGAUAACGGUCAGUUGAUGUAUUCGGUUCCCGCUAGCUUGAGUAAUAAAUUCACAACUGAAGAAUCUGAAUCAACCCUAGAUUUGGCCAAUAAUUCCAAAACAGUUAAAUCGGGUUCAUUUGAUAAUUUGCAAUUUAGCUUCCUGGCCCCUCAAAACAUGUUAUUUUUUGAAUCAUUCAAUUCAAUUUGGCUUGCAUUUGAAAAUGACUUUUAUAUAAAAUCGUCGUUCCAGUUGGCUUGUGUUGAUAUUUGCCCAUUGUUGGCAUACUGCAAUCAAUUACUUUCAGGUUCAGGAAGAUUUAAGGAUCCUACAAAUGAGGAGUUGUCAUCGGCAAGUCUCUCUAUAAACUUUCCUUUGAGUUCUUUAGUAACUAAAAAUGAUUUGAGAAUUGUCAGAGAUUGCAUCAAAGCAAAUAUUGGAUUGGAAAGACACUUUAUCGAACCAAUUAUCAAUACUCCUUCAGGAUUCUCAACAUUUGAUCCAGUAACCCAAGAAUUUUUGACUUUGGCAAAUCCAAGGUAUCGCGUUCUCGAAAGAGUUUAUUUGAAAGCAUUGUUUAAAAAAAUUCAUGAUUACAUUCCAGAGAGGAAAGUUGUGAUUUUGCUACUCUCAAGGUUUUUUAAAACAAUAUGCCAUGCUUUUCCAUAUUUACAUAAAGGAACAGUGUUGAUGUCGGUACAAGAUUUAGAUGAAAUUUUGCAUGCCGACCUUGAAUUCGAGGAAAUUACAAAGCGCUUUAUGGAAAAUUCAGUGACUUACACCUUGGAUAACAUUGGAAUAUUGUUUGUGAUUUUGCAUAUUUCCUAUACGGUUGUUGUUGACAGAAUUAAAGAAAAAGUUUGCGAAUCCAAAUUCAAUGAAAAUUCUCUUGACUCGGCGGAGAAAUAUUUGAUAUCCCUUGAUGAUAUCAAAUUCAAUAAAUUUAUUCAUAUUGCCAAGACUUGUUUCUCUUUCAAUUUCAAACUCGAUGAUAUUUAUGAAAACUUCCACAAAGUGAAAUUUGGGUUAGCAAAGGUCCAAUUGGGGUUAUCACUAUUGUUAAAUAAUCUAUGUUUUGAAGACCAAAUGAAGAAUGAUGGAAUCUUUUUCAAAAAUGUCUGUGAACACUCAAUUUUUGAUUCAGCUUGUGGAUAUUCAGACACAAGCUGCGAUUCAACUCCAAAUACUGCCACUACAGAGCUGACGACAGAAAGCACCGUUGAUAGCAAAAUGUUUGAUGAUGAUUAUUACGCAAAAGACUUUGUUAACUCUAUUAAUUCUGAAAAAGCCCCUCGGGCCCGCAAUACUAAUAAGGCGAAAAAUGGUAACUUUUCAUUCAAAUCAAAGAACUUUAUGCUUAGCGUGCAAAAUCUUCUCAUGGACAAUGCCAAUACUUUCAAUAAAUUAUUUGAUUUUGCGUUUGCUUUAAAGAUGAACCAUGAUCCAAUGGAUUUCAUUGAUUUAAACUUGGUAUUGGGACAUUCAGGAGAUAUGAGUUAUAAUGUCAAGGACACCUUGCAAAUAAUUAAGUCAUGGAGAUUAACAUGGUUGGAGAUUGUUCAUUGUGAUAGAAUUUUUUCAAUGAUUCUUGGAACUAGGACUCACAUUGAUGAUGAUGUUUAUGAUAAUAACUUGAAAGGUUUCUCAUUAUCAGAUAAUCUACUCGAAAGUCCAGAAGACAAAGUAGUUUUCAGAAAUAUUUCUAAAAGAAGGAAGGUACAGAAGUACAUUUUCUCUCCGAUUUGCAAAUUAUACACAAAAGUCAAUAAACAGAACUUCAAGGUUAAGUUAAAAGACUACUUGGCAAUCAUCAACUCCAUCGAUAAUUUCAUUCAGUUUCAUAAUGACUAUCGGGUGGAGGAAUUAUUUGAUUUUGUUGAUGGUUUCAAAAGAAGAUAUCCGAUAUAUUUUAGAAACAUUGAGACAUUAAACGAUCAAGAAAAGGAAAUUUAUUAUGAUAUUGAGAAUAAGAGUAUCAGCAAAUCUUUUGAAGUUAUCAACUCUUUAAGCUAUUUUAUGUUUUCCAUUGGUGCUCAAUUCUCGCUUUAUUACACGUUGUUUUCUCAUCUUGACAGAUUGAUUUGCUUUGAACGAUCCAAAAACGAUGUCCCGGUGUUCAAGAAAAUUUUUAUUAAUACUGAGACAAUUUUUGUACAACUUAUAGCGAUAUUGAGAAGAAUUUUUGGUGCCCCACAUUACAGAAAGUUUUUUUUUAAUCAUUUCAAGGUCUUGAUCAAGAGAUCGCUUGAACCCUUCUUAUUGUCGAUGUAUGUGCAUCAAAUUGGUGUCAUAAUUAGGCUUUAUCACACUAUCAGGUUGUUGAAAGAUUUUUCGAAUGAAGGAAAGAGUCAAAUCGAUCCAUUGCAAAACUACAAAGUCAUCGAUGAUAAUGCUGAAAAGAUUGUUAAUUGGAAUAUAUUAUUGAAUAAAAUCAUUUCCAGUGUCAAAGAAAUCGAGCAAUUACUCAAAACCACCAAUAACUAUGAUAAUGAGUCGCUACUUCAAGAUCUAACUCCUGAGCAAUUUGAACUUCAUGAAAGAGUUAAUCAUCACUCCUUGAAGACUAAUUCAUUGUAUUCAAGUGAACUCAUUGCAAUCAUUUCUUUAGAAAAUGCGAUUUUAUCAACCAUGAACUUGGAAUCAAAUAUGGAAAUGUUUGAGGAUGAUAUAAGAUUCGACUCCAUGGACAUGUGCAAUGUCAAGUUGAAGAGAUUUGCCACCACCAAUGGGAAAAGUGUUAUUUUACCCAAUUUUAACAGCUUUUUGUAUUUUGACAACACUGAAAUUAGCUAUAUUGCGAAUGAAUUGAUGAAGGAUUUCAGUGCCGAAGCACCUGGAGUUUCUUCAACCACUUGA